AUGACCUUAUCCCCUGAAAAUUACGCGGUCUUUCGGGAGUGUCUCUCCAACGCGAUCGUCGCUCGAUCAGAGAAGCCGAGAUCCAAGCGCAACGCAAAAGCAAAGCGCAACAACCGCAAGGAUGUGCCCAAAGUAGAGGGGACGACCCUCAUCCCAGUGGCUGAUCGAGUUGAUCCGGAAGAACUAGCCGAGUUUAUCGACUUCAUCGCAUCUGAAACCUUUUCGUCUUUUCCCGAGGCUCUCCAGACCCUCUCAUACGCUGCCAUCCAGCAUGAUCAAGCCCUUGCGAAGCUCUACAUCCCCGAGGAUCCUGAUGCGCCGUUCAACCGCGCACUCCUGGACCCCCUGUGCAGCGUCACGCCGGUCGCUGUGACCGAUUCUUUGGCAGUCUAUGGCCUUAUCCCCGACGCCGCGGACUUUCCCGAGUUCCUCGCACCCAUCUUGACGGAGUAUAUAGCGAGCGUGACCAGCGGGCCCCCAGCGUGGUCGAAUACACGUGCUGAUGCCUGUGAGAUCUGUGAUCGGGACUGGAUCCCGCUCUCCUAUCACCACCUGAUUCCUCGGGGCGUUCAUGCCAAGGUCCUGAAGAAAGGCUGGCAUGACGAAUGGAUGUUGAACAGUGUAGCAUGGCUUUGUCGGGCAUGCCACAGCUUUGUGCAUCGGAUGGCAACUAACGAAGAGUUAGCGAGAGAGUACUAUACGGUGGAUCGCAUCCUGGAAAGGGAGGAUGUCCAGGAUUGGGCGAAAUGGGUUAGCCGAGUGAGAUGGAAAGCCACGUAG